AUGCGUCGUAGUAGCAGCAGCGCCGUUGCUUUUGAAGCCGUUGUUACCGCAAGAAAACUGCAGCGCCACGACCGCCGCAACUCUACGAUAGCCGGCGCCAAACUGUGCCGCACGCCCUCCCGCCCGUGGUUAAGCCUCGGUCGCCGUCUCGUCGAGGGCGGCCCACGGCGGCGUGUGCCCUCUAGGCAUCCAAGACCCGGCACACACACACACAAGGCAAACACAUGCACAUCGCUGGCACCGCUUUGCGAACCGUCAAGUGGCUCUGUCCUUACAGACGAGGUUUCCGAGCCUUGCAAUGCGACGCGGGACACUGUGUGCCAUUGUAAGGAGGGCAGCCAGCGACCUGCACCUUCUCAGCACUGCGAACCUUCAGGCCUGGCAGGGGGAACGGUUGUGGCCAUCGUCUUGGGGAUUCUGUUCCCUCUCGUCGCCUCGGUGGGAGCCGCCGUGUAUUGUCACCGGAGGAGGCCGCGUCGUGCGGUCGAUCGGGACGUGGAGUUUGCUGAGCCUCUCGUCGACGACAAGCCACUGCGGGAGUACCUCGACUACCUCCGGCACCACACCGCCAACAUUUUGGACUACAACGCGCGGCCCGGCGAGGUGGUGCUGCUGAGCAACAGAUUCGUGCAGCCCAUCAUCGUGGCCUACCACCGCGCCGACGAGAAACGCCAGCACGAGUUCAUAUCGCGCGGCAAGCGGCACGCGGACAUCAUCGCGGCCCUCAGAGAGGAGGGGUUCACCUUCGGCAAGCUCUUCCAUCCCGUCGGCGAGGGGACAGAGCUGCCAAAACUUGUCGUCCUGGUCGGCGUUCCGGGCAUCGGCAAGACUACCAUGGCCCAGAUGAUUGUGAACAAACUGGCGUCUGGCGAGCGGCUCUUCCGCGCGGACUUCCGCGUCGUCGUCUACAUUCAGUUCAGGGAGGUGAAUGGAUACCCCGACUCUCUGUCACUCCGGGACCUCUUCAGAUUGCACCACAAGAGCCUGGGCAACGUUGCCGACCGGGUGUUCGCGAACCCUGAGAAGGUACUGCUGGUCCUGGACGGGCUCGACGAGUUCCAGAAGCCCCUGGACCUGGCGAAUGCGUGCAGCGACCCGGACAAGACGGCGAGCAAGGAGGCCAUCUUUGCCGGGCUGGUGACGAGGAAGAUGCUCAUGGGCGCGUCGAUGCUGCUCACGACUCGGCCGAUCGCUCUGGAGCGCCUGGGCGGAAUCCAAGUGGACCGCUUUUCCGAAAUCACUGGGUUUUCACGGCAAGAGAUCAAGGACUACGUCGUCAAGUUGUCCGACAGCGAAGAGCAGGGGCAGAGACUGUACGACAACCUGGAGAGUUGUGAAAACCUUUUCCACUUUUGCUAUAUCCCCGCGUUUUGCCACAUCGCCGGCAAGGUGGUCAAGUCGUACCUGGAACGGGAGCAGGUCGAUGCCUCUGCAGGUUUUGCCGCGGCCACCACCAUGACCGACCUCUUCUCCAAGUAUCUGUACGUGCUCGUGGCCCAUCACAGUCCCAACACCGACAACCUGGGGACGGCCGUAGGCUCGCUCGCCAACAUGGCCUUCUGCGGCAUAAAGGAGAACAUCCAAAUGUUCACGGACAAGGACCUGAAGCGUUUCGACAUCGAUCUCAAUGCCGUGGAGAUUCAGAAGGGCACGUUCCUGGGCGAAGUGUUCAAGAGCGAAGCUGUGAAGGCGGUGAAACUCUACACGUUUUUCCACCUGACGAUCCAGGAGUACUUUGCGUCGCUUGCGGUCUACCUCUCGGACCGGAAUACCGGACACAGCCCCACUGUCGCGGAAGUCAUAGCGGCCAUCGAGAACUGCGAGGACGGCCGCUACGACAUCUUCCAGAGGUUCUUCGCCGGCCUGGCAUCGCCGCACUCCUGGCAGAUCCUCGAAGCUUGCCUGGGCUCGCCGAGGAACAGCUGCCAGCAGCAGAUCAUCGAGUGGCUCCGGCGCAGCGUGGCCAAACUCGCGGACCGCACGCAAGGUGCCAGCGUGCCCACGACAGUCAAGAACAGUCUCGUCAGUCUCCUGCACUGCCUCCACGAGCUGCACCACGACGACACCGUGCGCGGCAUAAUGGAGAUGGUGGCGGAGGUGGACCUGUCUGGCGUGAGGCUGUCCCCGCCAGACUGUGCCGCUCUGUCGUACGUCCUGCAGAGUAAAGCCGGACCCCUGGAGCUCCUCAACCUGGAGGACUGCGGGAUGACGGAGGAGGAGGUUAAACGACUGCAGCCCGCCCUCGCCUCCUGUAAAGUGGUCAGGUGCGGAGGCAAUGACCUGAAUGACGCUGGCGUCGCGCUGCUGCUGAACAAAGAUGCAAAGCAAAGCCAUCUGGAAGAGCUGCACCUGUGGAGGUGUUCGUUGAAGGAAAGCUCUGGCGCCAUCAUCCGAGACAUAGUCACGCACAUCCGGAGCCUGAAGACGCUGGUCCUCAACGAGAAUGAGAUCGGAGAUGGAGGCGCCAAGGCAUUGGCCGAGGCGUUGAAGGAGAGACGCGGCGGCUGCUUGGAAGUACUGAGGCUCGAAUGCUGCUCCCUGACGGAGGUGUCGGGGUCGUCGCUCCGUGACAUCGUACGCGUCUGCGAGCGCUUGAGAGUGCUCGGGCUGGAAGACAACGAGCUUGGAGACCACGGAGUGACGGUCUUAGCGGAGGGCAUCAAACAAGGAGGAGGAGGCCAGAGCUUAGAGGAGUUGCUUCUGGCCCGAUGUUCACUGACGGACGAGUCGGCGCCAGCGCUGCGUGACAUCAUAACCGCCGCCAGCGGUCUUAAAAAGCUAAUGCUGGGCGACAACAAUUUUGGCGAGGCAGCGAAGCGGAGCCUCGCGUCGGCGCGGUCGGAUAUCCUCGUCGACUUCGAGGACUGACGGCGGAGCCUCAGAGCCGGGCCUCCUCGUCCCACCCCCCCCCACCCCUCCAACCGCCGCCACCUGCGAGUCGCCGUCCUUUAGUUUGUUCGUUCGUACGGCCGAUGUAGACGCGGAGUGGCGACUGCAAUUUCACAUUCUCAACUUAAAAAAUAAAAUACACUUUUUGGAUUAGUUUAACAACGUAGUGGGCUUUUCGCGAGCGAUAUCAUCCAUAAUAACAGGGUUUUUUUCUGGGUUACAUCACGCGAAUAUAUAAAUGUUGCGUUGUUAAACCCGCCACCACC